AAAUGAUUUUGCGUAAAUGCAUUUUGUCUAUGUUGCGUGUAAGCCAGAGAGAGAAAAAAAAUAGUGCGCUGACAGCCUCUUAAGAGUUAACUUAUACACUUACCUACGCACCACGCGGGGUUCGCGAUCUGCUGCAGGUAGAUUGCCUACCUACCUAAUUAUGUACUGCUCGCUGUACUGUUAAGAUGGCAACUAAAAUGUAAAAUAUAAUUUUCAAAUUAAAUAGGAUUGCGGAAAAUUUGAAAAACCAGCACCGGGCUCUUUAACACAUAAAUUAAAUUAUAAUCAAAUUAUUAGUUAUUAGAAAGGGAUUCUAGGUACUAAUAAUAAUUAUAAGGAUUGUAAGGAUAUGACGACAUACGACGUACAAAUCACAAUAUUUUCAUCAAUAGACAGUAAAGCUGCGAAGCCUACAUGAUAAUGGCUACCUUAGAAAUUUAGAAUAGCUGUGCUGGAAUUACUGCGUAAAAGCAAGAAUUUUUUUAUAUACCUAAUUUAUUUUUAUAACUAACCGCUUGUUUGAAAAACCAAUGGGCAAUGACGUUUUUAAUUACCUACAUAAUUAUACAAGAUAAUAAACACCACCAGUGUACAUUUUUUUUCGGGUUAAAUCAAAUUUUAUUCAAUAUAAAUAUAAAUUAAAUUAAAUUAAAUUAAAAUAAUCGGUAUUUUCUGAAUGUCUAAUGAUAAAGUUCCAACUUGGACAUACUUGGAGCCAAAUAGGCUACUGCAUAUAACUAUAAUAUAUCAUAAAUAUUAUACAUUUUAAGACACAUUUUUAAAAUUAAAAUAAAUACAAAUUUAACAUUUCUGGCCUAUACCUUAAAGAUAUACAUUAAUGAAAAUUUCCAUUGUUUAUAUGGAAACCAAAACGUUUUAAUAAUAUGUUUCUUAAAGUAGGUAGUAAUAUUGUACAUAUUUAAUACAGAUACAUACCUACCUUACUUUACAUUUUUAGGUUCAUUCGACCUAAUGUCACCAAAUGUACCACUGUCUAGUAGAGACGAUUCAAAUAAUUUUUAUUCUGAAUUUGAUCUAAAAAAAAUAAUUGGAGAAGGCACGUUUUCUGUUGUAUGGUUAUGUGUACAACGAAGCAGCGGACGAGAAUUUGCUGCAAAAAUAUUAAAAGAAAAAUAUGAAUAUGACUCUGACGCAGUGGACGCUUUAUCAGAAGUAAAUGUAUUAAACUCGGUGGGAAAACAUCCGUUCUUAAUUAUGUUAGAAAUGGCAUACCACGAUAAAGAAAACGCAGAAGUUAUUUUAGUAACUGAAUUAAUGAAAAAAUCACUAUACGAUAUUAUAGAAAACGGAGAAUGUCCACUGUUAGAAUAUAGAAUUAAAACGUAUAUGUAUCAAAUGUUGGAAGGCUUAAGGUAUUUGCACGAGAAUGGCUUUAUCCAUAGGGAUAUCAAGCCAGAAAAUAUUUUGCUCACGUCGCGGGACAAGAUAUUAAAGAUUGGUGAUUUUGGAACCACGUGUCAUGCCAUUUAUGGUCAUCAGUACAUAGAAUACGUGGCAACUAGAUGGUAUCGCUCACCUGAAUGUUUGUUAACACAAGGUUGGUAUAACUCAAAGAUGGAUAUUUGGGCGACGGGAUGUGUACUUUAUGAAAUAGCUACCGGUCAUCCGUUGUUCGAUGGUCGAGACGAAAAUGAUCAAAUUGAAAAGAUUGACCGAGUAUUAGGGUCUCCAGACCAAAGAUUAAGUAAUAAAUUUAAAAAAUAUAAAUCUGAUGUGUUCGUUGCACGAUACGAAACUAAUAAACGACAUGACAGAACCACUGGAGUUGGAUUACAUUCAGUGUACCAACCAUACCUCCCAGCAUAUGAUUUAAUCAUAGAUAUGAUAGUUUAUGAUCCAUCCAAGAGGUAUUCAGCGAAUCGAUUACUACGAAAGUCAUACUUUGAUGAGAUGAAAAAUACGGUGUAUGGAUAUAAAAUGAGAGAUUUUGAAAACUUGCUGAGAAAUAAACCAAUAAUUAACUUAUCCAAGAUAGAGCAAAAAUCAAACACAAUAAUAAACAAGCAGUCUUCGAUAAUUAAAAAGCAAGGUCCUGGUGGAGAUUGUAUACAAAAUGUGCAGACACAUUCGGAAAAUACUGAGACAUCAGCUAAUAUAUUAUCUGCAGACAUAAAUCAGGAAAUUGAUCAACCUAAAUUGGAUAAAAGAAAGUCGAAUACGCAUAAAAUAUCAUGUUCAAAGACCAAUAUGAAAAAAUCCAUAGUCAUCCCAGACCCUGAAAAUAUACUCGAUAGAAAUCUAAAACAAAAUACACGUAAGCUACAGUUAACCAAAUGCUCAGUAAUAAAAUUUGUUAGAAAUAAAUGUGUCGACCGUCCACCGUUCAAAUGAUAAAAUUACAUGAUUUUUUUUAAAACAAAAUUUCUUGAACUCAAUUUUAAUAGUUCUGGAACGACUGGAACAAAUUCACUUUAGAGUUAUCCAGAGUUUCUUUUGAAUUUUUUUUUGAAACAUACCCAUUUGAACGAUUUAAGAAUUAUAUACUGCAAAAAAAAUUUGCGGAAAUCGUUAUUUUGGAAUUUAUAUCCUUCCAAAGUUUGAGAUUUUACGUUUAUACGCAUACCUACGCACAACACAGCAUUUUACUAACGUGCAGCGCAUCGCCUGUAACGAGUUAAGAUUUACGGGGUAAUUUUUUCACGGUAUGAAAACAAUCUAUAUAAAAUAAAAGAACUUGUAAAUAUAAAAAUUAUCAAAUAGUUAAUGUAAAUAGUCACUGUAUUAUAAUUUA